AGAUGGAGAGAGAGAGAGAGAGGAAAGGCGGGAAGAAGAUCCGCUCGUUUCCGCUCGUCCGCUGCUCGUGCGUGAAGACCCACGCAGGACGGACGCACUGACCCCCACUACACCCCCCCCGCCCCGCCCCCUCGCGUGGACCUCCGGCGGCCAUGUCUCCGUCCGCGUGCACGUGGUGGUUGAUGGUGAUGAUGACGACGCGCGGCUGCGUGACGGCGCGUGCAGCAGAGGGCGCACAAGAGCAGCAUGUUGAUCUUCCAGGGGCUGUCGUGUCCCCCACCGCAGCCCAGGACAAGCUCUCCUUUCUGGGCUCGCCGCUCAGCGUCAGCCCCCUCUCCGCAGCCGGGGGGUCCGUGGCCCCCGGUGUCCCCACGUCCCCCAGCACAACGCGGGCUCCUGUCCAGCGCACGCCGACACGCGUGUCCGAGCGAAAGGACGAGCUCGCCGCAGAGGCCGCGACCUCCGUGACAGGAAGUGCAUGGGAAGACUCCGGCUGCUUCAUCACCUUGUCGCAGCCUGAAGGUUACAUUGACUCGUCUGAUCCACUUCCUGUGUCCAGCGCCGCCGUCGCACGCUGCACGUACAUCGUCACCGUGUACGCCGGCUAUGGCGUGGAGCUGCAGGUGAAAAGCGUCAACCUGUCCGACGGCGAGCAGCUGGCCAUCAAGGGAGUGGACGAGGGCGGAGCCUGGCUGGUCCUGGCCAAUCAAACGCUGCUGGUGGAAGGUCAGGUGAUCCGCAGUCCCAGCAACACCUUGUCCGUGUCCUACUGCUCGUCUCCGGAGGGAAACGUGGGCGUCUUCCUGCUGCACUACCAGAUUUUCAGGCUGAGCUGCUUACUUCCCAAGAGGCCUCACUUUGGGGAGGUGUCGGUGCUGGACCUCCUCCCAGGGGGCACGGCCAGCUUCCACUGCCACAUGGGCUACCACCUGCAGGGGGAGCAGCUGCUCACCUGUGUCAAUGCCUCGCGGCCGCGGUGGAACAACAGGGAACCCGCCUGCAGAGCACUCUGCGGGGGAACAGUGAAGAACGCUACGGUAGGACGGGUUCUGUCCCCGUCACCUGACCGCAGGCCCAACGCCACCCAGGACCGCUCGUGUUCUUGGUCCCUUGAGGCCCCCAAGGACCAGAGGCUGCACCUGCACCUGGAGCGCUUGGUGCUGGGACCCUCUGACAGGCUGGUUCUGUGGAGCGGCCUGGACGCGGGUUCCGUGGUUCUGUUUGACUCGGGUCGAAGCGGACACGUUCCUUUUGAGGGUGUAAUCAGCGAGGGUCCUGCGGUAAGGGUCCAGUUCAUCACGGAGCAGCCCAGCCAGAACACAGGAUUUAACAUCCGCUAUGAAGCCUUUGAGCGGGGUCACUGCUACGAGCCUUACCUCCAGAACGGCAACUUCACUACAUCGGACCCCCUCUACGGCGUGGGAGCGGUGGUUCAGUUCAGCUGCGACCCGGGUCACUCCCUAGAACAAGGCCCGCCUGUCAUUGAAUGCAUCAGUGCCAGGGACCCGUACUGGAAUGACACAGAACCGCUCUGUAAAGCACAGUGCGGGGGCGACCUGAGCGGUCCCGGAGGGGUGAUUCUGUCCCCCAAUUGGCCCGAGUGGUACGGCGAAGGCGAGGACUGUAGUUGGCGACUCCACGUGGGCGAAGACAAGCGAGUGCUGCUCGACAUCCAGCUCCUGAAUAUCAGCGAUGGCGAUGUGUUGACUGUCACUGACGGUGAUGAGGGUGUGGCCCAGGUCCUGGGUCGCUACCCGGGGGGCGGCAGUCCUUUCAAGCUCUUCUCCAGCACCCCCGACCUGAGCGUCACGUUCCACUCGGACCCGGCUGGGCUGGUUCUAGGCAAAGGAGAAGGCUUCAUCAUCAACUACAUGGAGGUGUCUCGCAACGACUCCUGCCCCGACCUGCCGGAGAUUCAGAACGGCUGGAAGACGAGGUCGCACGUGGCGCCGGUCCGAGGCGCUCGCGUCACCUACCAGUGCGACCCGGGCUACGACCUGGUGGGCCGGGAGACCCUCAGCUGCCAGCUGGACCUCUCGUGGAGCUCGCAGCCUCCAUUUUGUGAAAAGAUCAUGUACUGUUCCGACCCGGGUCACGUGGACCACUCCACCCGCUCCCUGUCCGACUCCAAGCUGCUGGUGGGCGCCACCAUCCGCUACCGCUGCAACCCCGGCUACGUCCUGCAGGGCGGCGCCACCAUCACCUGCUACGGCCGCGAGCCAGGGACCCCCGUGUGGACCUCGCACCUCCCCCACUGCGCUGCCGAGGAUUUGCUGUCCUGCGAGGACCCGGGCGUCCCCGACAACGGCUACCAGAUCCUGUCCAAGCGGGUCUACCUGCCCGGCGAGACGCUGGCCUUCGUCUGUUUCCACGGUUACCAGCUCAUCGGGGAGGUGGCCAUCAGGUGCGUCCAGGGAAACCCCUCCUUUUGGAGCGGUCCCCUCCCGCUCUGCACAGCUGACCACGCCUGCUUCAGCAGCCACGCCCUGGAAGUUGCGCACGCCAGCAGCGGCUCGGUGCUGGACGGCGGCAACGUGGCGUUAGCCGUCUUCCUGCUGGUCCUCCUGCUGUCUGUGCUGCUGGGAGGCCUUUAUGUGCUCGUCACACGGUGCCGCCGUCCGUCCAACCUGCGGCUGCCCCUCAUCUACCCGCACCGGUACAGGCAGAUCACCGCGGAGGCGGAGUUUGACAACCCGCUCUACGAGGCGGGCGGGGACACCCGGGAAUACGAAGUGUCCAUCUGAGGAACGCCGCAGCCCCCCCCCUCCACCUCACCACCCAGAGGGAGGUGAUGUAAAUACGCUCAAUGAUGUCCAGCCCCCUUCUCGGGAAGGAGGCGAGAUUGGGCGGGGCUACGGAAAACAGCGCUCAUCUUCAACGCCUUCAUGGUCUUUAUGGCACAAAGAGGAGCAGCCAUGUUUGCAUAGACAGGAGACUUCUUUAGGCAUGUUUGUUGAAUGUUGACAUUUUAAACACGUCUUUUUGUGUCUGUUGACCCCAACAAACCUGUCAGUCAAAGAUCAGGGUAGGGCAGGGGUCACCAACGCGGUCGCCCGCUGGCCUGUUCUAAAAAUAGCUCAAAUAGCAGCACUUACCAGUGAGCUGCCUCUAUUUAAUUUUUAUAUUUUAUUUACUAGCAAGCUGGUCUCGCUUUGCUCGACAUUUUUUAAUUCUAAGAGAGGCAAACCUCAAAUAAAAUCCAAGAAAAUAUUUUAGUGUGAAUUAUAUUUAUAUAGCGCUUUUCUCUAGUGACUCAAAGCGCUUUACAUAGUGAAACCCAAUAUCUAAGUUACAUUUAAAGCAGUGUGGGUGGCACUGGGAGCAGGUGGGUAAAGUGUCUUGCCCAAGGACACAACGGCAGUGACUAGGAUGGCGGAAGCGGGAAUCGAACCUGCAACCCUCAAGUUGCUGGCACGGCCACUCAACCAACCGAGCUAUACCACUUUGUCAUCACUUGUUUAAAUAAAUUCAUUUAUUUUCUUACUUGGCUUCUUAUAACUUUCAUAAAGACAAUUUUAGAGAAAAAAUACAACCUUAAAAAUGAUUUUAGAAUUUUUAAACACAUAUAUAUUUUUACCUUUUAAAUUCCUUCCUCUUCUUUCCUCACAAUUUAAAUCAAUGUUCAAGUAUUUUUUUUUUAUUGUAAAGAAUAAUAAAUACAUUUUAAUUCAGUUGUUCAUUUUAGCCUCUGUUUUUUCGACGAAGAAUAUUUGUGAAAUAUUUCUUCAAACUUAUGAUUAAAAUGAAAAAAAAAAUAUUCUGGCAAAUCUAGAAAAUCUGUAGAAUCCAAUUUAAAUCUUAUUUCAAAGUCUUUUGAAUUUCUUUUAAAAUGUUUGUUCUGGAAAAUCUAGAAGAAAUAAUGAUUUGUCUUUAUUUGAAAUAUAGCUUGGUCCAAUUUGUUAUAUAUUCUAACAAAGUGCAGAUUGGAUUUUAACCUAUUUAAAACAUGUCAUCAAAAUUCUAAAAUUAAUCUUAAUCAGAAAAAAUUACUAAUGAUGUUCCAUAAAUUACUUUUUUUAAUUUUUUCAAAAAGAUUCGAAUUAGCUAGUUUUUCUCCUCAUUCUUUUCGGUUGAACUUUGAAUUUUAAAGAGUCGAAAUUGAAGAUAAACUAUGUUUCAACAUUUAAUUUAAAUUUUUUUUUUGUGUCUUCUCCUCUUUUAAACCGUUCAAUUAAGUGUGUUUUCAUCAUUCUCUACAAAAAAACUUCCGUAGAAGGAAAAAAAAUACGACGGAAUGACAGACAGAAAUACGCUUUUUUUUAUAUAUAAAUAUAUUUAUUUAUUAAAGGUAAAUUGAGCAAAUUGGCUAUUUCUGACAAUUUAUUUAAGUGUGUAUCAAACUGGUAGCCCUUCGCAUUAAUCAGUACCCAAGAAGUAGCUCUUGCUUUCAAAAAGGUUGGUGACCCCUGUCCUACGUGGAGGGUCGCCACCUGCUGGAUGUUGGUGAUAUUCCCUAUCUCUAACAUGUUUUUUGUUUUAUUUUUUACUUCAAGUAAUGAUUGACAUCAUCCUCAUCUUGUAAAUAUAUCAAUAAAUGAUGUAUUUUAUGUCUUAAUUUAUUAAUGUGCUGUUGUCUGACCAUUUUCUUGAUGCCCUAAAUAAAUGGUACUGUACGUGUUAUUUGUUUGUGAAUAUGCUUUAUGUAUAAACGCUGUGACGUCACACAACACCACGCCCCUAGGACAGGAAGUAGAUUUGAUUAUUAUUUCUCAACUGUUUGUAAAUGUUGAAAUUUAUAAAUAAAGGUUUUUUUUAAAAAAAGGAAGUAAAUAUUGUACAAUUAAGAGGAGCUUUAUGUAACUGACUUGUUUGCGUUUGAAUAGCGUGAAUUAAAGUUUUUUUAAACAAUUUCCUUGAAUAAAAAUCGUAUUUAUA